GAGUGACGACGGCGAAAGCGGAGGCAGUCACGUCCUUGAGUGCGGCCAUGGCCGAGAAUCACGCACAGAUCAAAGCCAGGCUCAUCUCCGAGACCCGAAGGAGGUUCGAAGCUGAGUACGUGACAGAAAAAUCAGAUAAAUAUGACCCCCGUGAUAUUGAAAGACUACAGCAAGAUGAUAACUGGGUUGAAAGCUACUUGCUUUGGAGACAUAAUGUUGUAGAGGAAACACUGAAGAUGCUUGAUGAGAGUUUUCAGUGGCGGAAGGAAAUUUGUGUCAAUGAUCUUACUGAAUCUUCCAUUCCUAGAUGGUUACUGGAAAUUGGUGGUAUUUAUCUCCAUGGUUAUGACAAAGAAGGUAACAAAUUGUUCUGGAUCAGAGUGAAAUAUCACGUAAAAGACCAGAAGACCAUCUUGGACAAAAAGAAGCUCAUAGCGUUCUGGUUGGAACGUUAUGCUAAGCGAGAAAAUGGGAAACCUGUAACAGUGAUGUUUGACCUCUCAGACACUGGACUGAAUAGCAUUGACAUGGACUUCGUGCGUUUUAUCAUCAACUGCUUUAAGGUUUAUUACCCUAGAUACCUCUCAAAAAUAGUGAUCUUUGAUAUGCCUUGGAUAAUGAAUGCUGCUUUCAAGAUUGUGAAAACUUGGCUUGGUCCAGAAGCUGUGAGUUUGUUGAAGUUUACAAGUAAAAAUGAAGUCCAGGAUUAUGUCAGUGUAGAAUACCUGCCUCCUCACAUGGGUGGAACUGAUCCUUUCAAGUAUAGCUAUCCUCCGUUAGUGGAUGAUGACUUCCAAACACCAUUGUGUGAGAAUGGGCCCAUUACCAGUGAGGAUGAAACUUCUAGUAAAGAGGAUAUAGAAAGCGAUGGCAAAGAAACCCUGGAAACCACUGUUAACGAGGAACAAAUAACUCUUCUAAAGAAGGCUAACCCAUCUGAACCUCCUCCCAAAGUAGAAGAAAAUGAGAAAGGUGAUUCAAAGGUGAAAUCUUUCAAGAAACCUUUGAGUGUGUUCAAAGGGCCUUUACUACAUAUCAGCCCAGCUGAAGAGCUGUAUUUUGGAAGUAUGGAAUCUGGAGAGAAGAAAACUUUAAUAGUGUUGACAAAUGUAACUAAGAAUAUAGUGGCCUUUAAGGUGAGAACAACUGCCCCAGAAAAAUACCGAGUCAAGCCGAGCAACAGCAGCUGUGACCCCGGGGCAUCUGUGGAUAUAAUCGUGUCUCCCCAUGGGGGUUUCACAGUCUCCGCCCAAGAUCGCUUUCUGAUAAUGGCCGCAGAAAUGGAGCAGUCAUCUGGCACAGGGCAAGCUGAAUUGACACAGUUCUGGAAAGAAGUCCCUAGAAACAAAGUGAUGGAACACAGGUUAAGAUGCCAUACUGUUGAGAGCAGUAAACCAAACACACUUAUAUUAAAAGACAAUGCUUUUAACAUGUCAGAUAAAACCAGUGAAGACAUCUACCUACAACUCAGUCGUUUACUAGAAUGCAAUCGGAAGCUUGAAGACCAAGUUCAGCGUUGUAUCUGGCUCCAGCAGUUGUUGCUUUCAGUAACAGUGCUCCUGCUUGCUGUUGUCAUCUCUUUAUUCUAUUCGUUGCUAAGUUAAGGAAGUGGUGCCUGGUCGGAAACUUGGAUCCUUCAUCUGUGGGAAAAAGUAACAGACCCAAAACUUCACCACCAAGCUACUCAAAGUCUUGCACAUCUGGGCUUCCUCAAAGCAAAUACACAGCACCUAGAGGGAUGCAACACGUACACGUUGGGAAAAUGAACUGGUCAGAUAAAGAGAUGCUGGACAAGCAGAUUCUCAGAGACUGUAACAGUUAGGAAAGUAAGUGAAGGCAUAUGCAUUAUGUAAAUUAAUGGUUUAAAUCUAAUUUAUUUUUUUUCCUUUGGGUUGGGACACUUUUAAAGCGUAAGUCUUCUGUAAAUACACUAGCUAAACUGAAAAGUGUAAGUAACAUGCUUCGUUGCAGCCAAAAUAAAUAAUCUGCUCUUUUUAUGACACAAUUAUUAUAGCUGAACCAACUUAUUAGCUUUUCUAUACUAUGUAUAUAGAAGACCAUGUAUAUUGAAAAAGAAGACAUACAGAGUAAUUUAUGUAAUCCUGACUUUGUAAUUUUGAGAAUUACUUCCAGACAAUAAUAAUCAAUAUUCUUUUGGAAUGUAAACCUAUUUAAUGCCAAACCACCUUAGCCUCGAUUCCGCAGUGUGCGGGACAGCCUGCCUCUUCGGGCAUGUCAGGCUUUCUCUGGAACACCGGCAGGGCGGCCUUCGCACUGAGUGCUUGGAAGUGUCUUCUGUCCGGAAAGUGUCCUCAGGCCGUGUCAGGUUGCAGUCAUUCCUGUUGUCCACUAGGGCUGGUCCUGAAGCCUCUGCUACAGGCUUCUGAGGCCUUCCGGUGUCCAUGUCCGCCCUGCUGCAGAGUGCUGGAGUCUGGAGGCACCCCGCAUUUCUAAAGGAAACACAUUAGAUUUUACUUUGCUGGGGGUGGGAGGACGGAUGCUUGACACGCUAAGUAGCGUAAACAAAGAAAAGUCAUUAUCUUGAACCCUGUGACAGAGGAGUUUGAGAUACUGACUGCUCCUUGCUAGUAUCAGCCGGAGAAGGAGCCUUUUCAGCAGGGAAAAGAAGAGAAAGCAAAAGCAGACAGUGUCAGUUCUUUAUUUAAAGGAUGAAAAGGAUGGAAUGUAAGAGCUCUGAGCAGCACUAAGGGGCCUGAGUCCUUGCCCGAGGCACAGUAACACCAAUCUAGGAGGGUGCCUCACUUCCUAAGAGGCAGUGUGGCAGUCAAGGCUAGUGAAGGUCACGUGUUUUCUCAUGAAUCCAACCAGUCCCAGUCCCUGUGGGUGCAACAUGUCUUUCUGCUUUAUCUGAAAGAAAUGUCCUCUACCUGGGCAAUAAAUGGAGUUUCGGUGGUACCAGCUUGGGGAUUUCUGCUGCUUUGUCCUGAGGCGCAGUACUAUGGGUUUGGAUCAUGAAGAAGUGGGUUCACAAACUGAGGUAUGAAGAAUAUUAUAGGAGCCUCAAACAUGCCCUAGGAAAUAAAACCUUAAAAGGACACUGCUGUGUGAGACCUUGUCUUAAUGCGGGCAUUUCUGGGACAGGACUGAGGUCCUCCUUGAGGGCUGUGCACAGUGUCACCCUGGCUGUGUGUGCACAGUGGCUCCCCUUACACGGCACGUCUCUGGCCUUAACAUAAUUCAAUCUAAUCCCAAAGUAUUUGUGUGUGCUUUUGUUCCUCAGCAGAUAAAUGAGGAUAUAAUUAGCCCAGAUUGGAAAUGUGUUGUCCUAAUGGUGUCCCUUUAAUGUUUCCUUUGAAAAGUAUGUUGACUUGCAGAAACAUCCUUUGCUUACUGUCUGGUCAGUUGAAUUUAAUAACAUAUCCUGUUGGCGGUCAUGUGUCUAUUAAAUGUGACUAAGCAGAAUUACUGAAAGUUAACUGUCAGAUCAAAGGCAUCUAAGCUUUUGUACUUGUCUUGAUUAAUCAUACAUAUUUACAUUUGAUUUUAGUCUGUCUUCAUUUGGUUUUAUUUAAUCAUCUAUGCAGGAUUAUUUGGACUACUAUAAUCUAUUUUUAAUCAUAUUCACAACUACAUUACCAAGGACUGACAUUUGAAUUUUAGUUUUUUGUUUUCACUUUGGAAUGGAAAUGGAUAGAUUUUUCCAUGAAAACAUUAAUGAACUAUUAUUAGCUUGAUCUACAAGUAGUCUAAAAAAUGCAAUUGCUGGUAAACCUGGCGCCAAAUUUCAUAAUAGCAUAACUUUUUAUAUCUUGCCACUAAUUUUGACUGGAUUUAUUAGCACUUUAUUGUACAAUUA